AUGUCCUUGAAAAACACAGUGAUAUUUUGGAAUGAUUUACCACCUUCUUUUAGAUACACUUGUGCUAGUGUAAUAAAAGAUAAACUUGUUACCGGAACAAAUAGUGGUAUUUGUGUGCUUUGGAAUUUUGAUCAAGAAAGUACAAGUUAUGUUCCCUUCUCUUUAAUGUAUGGACAUCAAACUAAAGUAACAGAUUGUUGUGAAUGUAGUUAUGAUAGUGCUUCAACAAAUAAUAAUAGUAGUAAUGUAAAAGGACCACUACUUCAAAAUUCAUCACCUUUACCAACUCCGCAAUCACCUUCAUCUUCUUAUAAUCCACCUUAUGGAUUAGAUAAUAAUAAUUGUUGUUGUAGUAUUAGUUUGGAUGGUACAGUUUGUGUAUGGAAUCUUUAUGAUGGACGUUGUAUGGCUUUAUCACCAAAUUUACUUUUUGAUGUUGUGCCACAAUGUAUUUGUAAUUUGAAUAGAUAUAGUAAUUAUAAUUCAAGUAUUGUUGCAAUUAGUGGUAAACAUAAUAUGAUUUAUUUAUUGGAUUUGAAUCGUUUAAAGAUUAUUCGUGUUUUGGAAGGACAUACUGAAUGGAUUGCUUCACUUUCUUCUGGACCUUUUAUUAUUACGGAUGAUGUUAAAUCAAGGCUUAAAAGUGUCAUGUUAAGUGUUGGUGAUGAUCAUAGUUUGAAAUAUUGGUCAUUUGAACUGGACGAAAAAACUCACACAAUUAAAAGUGAAGAACCUCUUUUCAGUAUUCAAGCACCUAUUGCAAAUCAACCAAAUGUACAACAAUUUAAACCUGUAAUGGUUGUUAAUAAUUACUAUUGGUCACUUGUUGCUGCUGUUUAUAAUAAGGUUGUUUAUAUUUAUACUUAUCACUCUAUUCAACCAAUUUAUACUAUAACUUUACAACAAACUUUGGAAAAUGAACUAUUUCCACUUUCAAAUAAUUCUAGCUCAAUUAGAAAGAAUGAAAAAUUCAAAGGUGCUUUAUUUAUUGCUAAAGACCUUUUGUUACUUCACACAAGUAAGGGUAAUGCUUUUAUUUAUAAAAUUCCAUCAACUGGUAGACAAAGAAUUAAAUCUAUUAUGGAUGAAGUUUUACAAUUUUAUUCAACUGAUAUUUCACCAAAACAAAAGCAAUAUGAUAAUAAUGAUGGUCUUUUAUAUAUGGCUGAUGAGGAAAAUGGUAAUGCCAAUGAUUUUGGAGCUGCAAUUGAACAAAGUGAUACAGGAGAUGAUGUCCAACUUGGAAUUACAGUUGAAGGUGUAACACCAAGAUCUAAUACUACAAGUGAAUCUGCUUCUGUUGCUACUCCUAGUGAAACUAAGAAGGAUAAAAGGGUCAAAAAUCUUCAAUUAAUUGUUCCAGAAAGAGGUAUUACAGAAUCUAAGAGUAAUACUUCUCUGAAAAGUGAAGAUGAAUCACCAACAACUCCAUCUACAACAGAUAUUGAUAUGUCAUCAAAUGAUUUAACAUCUAUUGGUGCUGCUAUUGAAAGAGCAUUCUCUACUUCUAUUAUGGAUGCUUUACAACUUUCUUCUUCACCUUCUACUCCAAACUUUGACAGAGUUGCUCAAAAGGAACAACCAAAAAUUGUUAAAGUUAUUGAUAGUGCUCUCUCUGAAAAUGAUCCAUAUGGUGAUUUUGUUUGGCAAUACGAUCCAAUUAGUAAUAUUCUUUUACGUGUUAAUAACGAUGUUAUUAUCAUUUGGAAAGUUACUAUUUCAUCUUCAACAGUUGAUAUUACACUGCUAUCAAGUGAUAAUAGACUUGCCAAGGGAUGGAAUACUUCCAAUACUGUAAAAGAAAAUAGCUUAACAAACAAGUCUCCUAUCAGUGUUUCUCAUUUUGCUGUUGAGCGUAUUUCUCCAUGUUUAAUUAGGGGCUUCCAUAAUGGUGAUGUUCAUAUUCAAUAUACUACUACACAAAAUAAUGGUAAAGAAGAUUCACAAGAAUUGUACAUUCAAAAUGCUCACAAAAAACGUGUUACUACACUGCUUGUCAUGAGUGAUGAUGACAACAAUCCACUUUUACUUUCAGGAAGUGCAGAUUAUAGCAUUAAGGUUUGGCAACUGGAUUCUACAGAUCUCAAAUAUCACAAGUUGUUGAGAUCUUUCAAUUAUCACUCUGGUAAGGUUGAUUUACUCUUUGUUCCUCCAAGAACAAUAAGAAGAAAGUUGCAAAACUGCUUCUGUUCUCUUUCAGAUGAUGAUCACAGUGUUAUAAUGUACAGUGUCAAGACUUUGGAUGUCAUUCAUAUUUUAGGUGGACAUGGAAGUACAGUUGUUGCAAUUUAUUGGAGAAGUGAUUUGGAUUAUUUACUUGUUCAAUGUAGUGAUGGUACAGUGUAUGUUUGGAGUAUAAGUACGGGUCUAUUGGAAAGAAGAGUUUCUGGAGCUUCUGCCAAGUAUUUGAUCAAGACAAGUGAACAAUCGAGUGUUAUUAGUGGCAGUUUUGGUCAAUCUGAUCCAAGUACAUCAUCUGGUUCUAAUAGUCAAGGAUCUGGAUCUAUUGGUUCUUCUGGUAUUGUUAAAUUGUCCUUCUCUAAACAAUCAGCAACAUCUGAGGCCUAUAAUAAGGCUAAAGGAUUCAUAGAAUCCAUAUCACUUCAAGUGAAUGAACAAACACCAGAUAUUCAAUUAUUGACCAUUAGUGUUAGAAGAUGUGUUACAUUUAUCAACUCUAAGAAGAAUUUAUUCCUCAAAUAUUUUAGUGAUGGAGAUUUAUCAAACACAUCUGUUAAUCCUGAAGAUGAAAUUGAAAAUAGAAUUAACGACAGAAAUAUGUCAGCUCUGUUAACAUCCCUUUCAUAUUUAUUACAAUAUGGAAAUGAUCCUUCACUUAAACAACUUAGACAUGAAAUUCGUUUUGCAAUUUUAAGAAUUCAAGGACAACACAAUGAUACAUCAGAUUUUUCAAUGAUUGAUAAUUUAGCACCAUAUCCUAAAGGAUUUAUUGGAUUGAAAGGUGCAGGUGAAACUUAUUCACUUAUUGUUCCAAGUAUGAGUGAUAAUUGCCAUCCAUUUAUUUUCUCACCUGUAUUAUCUUCUAUUUAUAUGAUUGGUGCUGUUUCUGUAUUGACAGCUAUCAGUGCUAAUUUACCUGCCACUCUCAAAUUCCAAAAAACCUGUAAUGAUUGCAUAACUUAUUUCCUCAAUCAAAUUCACACCGGAUUUGAUAACUUCCAAGAACCAUCAUUCUUGUGGUGUGCACAAUUUUUGAAAGAUCAAACAAAGGAUGUACAACAAGCUGCUAGAUCAGUAAUGUACAGUGUACUUCAAAGAAUGGAACCUGUUCAACACAAACUUUUAGCUGAAAAACUUGCAAACAUGAUCAUCGAAAGUUCUAACAAGACUUCAUCAAAGCAAAUUAAUACCCAAAGACAAAACUUUGUUGUUGCCCUCGCCUUGUUGGCAUACAGAGUUCCAAGAGCUGUUGAUGGAAGAAUUGCCACUCUGACAGCAAUGGAAUUGAUUGAUAUUUUAGAGAAGGGAGGUCCACAACAUAGUACAGCAAUUACUUUGUUGGGUGAUGCUUAUUCAAUUUGGAAGUUUUAUAUUCCUGAUCCAAUGGGAUUCUGUAGACAACUUUUCCAAAUUUCCUUACCAGCCCUUACUUCACAAGUACCUUCUUCUAAUAGUUCAGCUGCUGAGAUUAGUCAACUUGCUAUUGACUCACUCCAAGCAUUUGUUAACAUGGCAAGUGCAGAUACUCCUCUCUAUAUCGAUUUUAUUACGAAUAUCAUUUCAAAUGCUCAACAAACAAGUACAACCACACUCAAUGCAGCAAUUAGUUCUCUAUUCCCAGUCAUGCAAAGACAUCCAAAAUGUUUAAUGGAUCAUUUAGUUGUAUUGACAUCUUUAUUAUUGAAAGUUUUGGAUCCUCAUUUCCCUGCUAUUAGAGAUAUUUGUAUGGCCAACUCGACAAAUAUUCUUCGUUUCAUGGUUGAAAUUUAUCCAAUGGUUUCAUUCCAUCAAGAAAAACAAAAGUUAGCUGUUGGUUCAAUUAAUGAUGGUACAGUUUGUAUUUAUGAUAUGCGUACAGCAAGUAAAUGGCAACUAUUUGAAGCUCACCAGAAACAACCUCAAAAGCAGAGUCAAAAAGGUCAACCUUCUGCUUCACUUGAUGCUUUGAGUUUUUCACCAAAUGGUCAAUAUUUGUGUUCUUUCAGUGCAGCUGAAAAGACAUGUAAGGUUUGGAAUACAGAUGCUGGAAGUGGAGGAACUAUUUUACAAUUAUUAGGUGUCACUAAUAGAAAUGUCAAGACAUUUGAAAUUGAUCCAAAUUAUGUAAGAUCACCUUUGAAACCAAUGGAAAUUUUAAAGUUUGUUAGAUUUGAAUGGGACAAUAAUAAGAUGUUCUCAUUAAAGCCAGGAAAGAAUUUGAACAAGGUAACCUUUAGACUAUAAAACAAAAGUAACAUUAAAAUUUAAUCAAUACGUUUAU